AAGUGGCCUGCAUUCGGAUGAGCCACACACCAAACUAGUGGACAUAAUCCUUGAUCCACUGUUUCUAGCACACUGAUAUUUUUGUUAUUUUUUCCCAUCUCCCCUGUUCAAAUCCCACUCCCCUCUCUCCCAAUUCCCAGCUCCUUCCUCUUCAUCAAUGGCUGCAAUCACCAAUCUCCUCCCAUCUCCUUCCACCACCCUCCCCAUUAAACUCAACCCUCCCUCCUCCUCCACGUCUCCCCACUUCUUCUUCUUCUUCCCCAAACCCAAACCACCCCUACCCCCCGCCCGAACCAACUUCGGCACCCUUAAAGCCUCCGCCUCCCCCCCCGGCGCCGCCACCGGCACUCGCGAUUCCCCCGCCACCCCGAGAGACGAGCGAGUCCACAAAAUCCAUAGCGUUGAGGAAUUUGACGAAGCCCUGCGGGCGGCGAAGGACAAGCUCGUGGUGGUCGAGUACGCCGCCAGCCACAGCCCCCACAGCCGCAAGAUCUACCCGUUCAUGGUGGAGCUCAGCCGCACGUGCGCCGACGUCGACUUCCUCCUCGUCAUGGGCGACGAGUCCGAGGGGACCAGAGCCCUCUGCCGGCGGGAGAGCAUCGAUAAGGUUCCGCACUUCAGUUUUUACAAGAGUGGGGAGAAGGUGCACGAGGAGGAGGGGAUCGGCCCCGACGAGCUCGUCGGCGACGUGCUCUACUACGGGGACCAGCACUCGGCGGUGGUGCAGCUGCACAGUGGGGCGGAGAUGGAGAAGCUAAUCGAGGAGCACAGGGUGGACGGGAAGCUGAUCGUGCUGGACGUGGGGCUGAAGCAUUGCGGGCCCUGCGUGAAGGUGUACCCGACUGUGCUGAAGCUGUCGCGGCAGAUGGCGGACACGGUGGUGUUCGCGCGGAUGAACGGCGACGAGAACGAGAGCUGCAUGGAGGUGGUGAAGAAGAUGGGGGUGGUGGAGGUGCCGACGUUCUUGUUCAUUAGGGACGGCGGCGAGCGCGGGAGGUACGUGGGGUCCGGCAAAGGGGAGCUGAUCGGAGAAAUUCUCAGAUACCAGGGGGUUCGCGUUACCUGAGAAAUUAUUUGACAUGGAUAGAAGGGAAUUAGAAUUGGAAUUGAAAUUGAAAUUGGAAUUCUCAGAUGAAAUUAGAAAUGGGAUUGGUUAGUUAUAAUGGAAAAUCUAUGGAUGAUUUAUAUAUGCAGGAAUUUGUUGUCUACUCUGUUAGUGAUUGGGGAAUAUUGUAAGAAUGAAGGUUUGCUUUUGAGAAUAGAAAUGAAAAAUAGUUGCAGCA